AUGCAGAGCAGAGCGUUUCUCAGGCGCGGUAAGCGAAUUUCUACAGGGGGUUUCAAGCGUCCAACGCUCCCAGUUGCCCGGUUCUCCACGAUUGCUCCCCCGCCCUUUGAGAAUGCUCCACCUAAACACUAUGCCAAGGGCUCGCCAGAAAGGGAUGAGCUAAGCAAGACUCUCCAUCAAAUGAAGGAAUCCUUCCCGGCCAAGAUUCCCAUUACGGUCAGCGGAAAGAUUAUCAAUUCGGACACAACUUCGAAGCAAAUCAAUCCCUCUAAUCACGCCCAGGUCGUGGCUGAAUAUGCAUCUGCUUCCACCGCGGACGUAAAUGCCGCUAUUGAUGCGGCCCUCAAAGCCAAGCUGAUAUGGGAGGCCAUGUCUUUCGAUGAUAGGGCGGCUAUUUUCCUUAGGGCGGCUGAGUUGGUUUCCACCAAGUACCGGUCAGAGAUGGUGGCUGCUGUAAUGCUCGGCCAAAGCAAAAACAUCUGGCAGGGCGAGAUUGAUGGCGCACUGGAGACAAUUGACUUCAUCAGACAGUAUGUGGCCGAGGCGGGCAAGCUCUUUCAGCAACAGCCCAAAAUUCAUGACAAGACUUCCUGGAACAAGCUCGAAUAUCGGCCCCUGGAGGGAUUUGUUUAUGCCAUUGCCCCGUUCAACUUCACCGGGCUCUUCUCAACCCUAGUUGCACCAGUCUCCCUUCUUGGCAAUGUCGUGCUGUGGAAGCCUUCGGAUUAUGCUCUACAUUCCAGCUGGCUGCUAUAUAAGAUUAUCCUCGAAGCGGGACUGCCCAAGGAUGUCAUCCAGUUCGUCCCAGGAAACCCUCAAGUUGUCACCGAUGCCGUUCUAGCCAGGCCCGAGUUUGGAGCCCUGUCCUUUAUUGGCUCAACGGAAGUUUACAGGGAACUGAUUGGCAAGAUCGGGCAGGCAACUGCCCAAGGACGUUACAACUCGUAUCCACGCAUCAUAGGAGAGACGGGUGGCAAGAAUUUCCAUCUCGUUCACGGCUCGGCAGAUGUCAAGAACGCCGUCCUCAAUACUAUCCGCGCUGGCUUUGAGUAUCAGGGCCAGAAAUGCUCUGCAGCAUCUCGAGUGUAUGUCGCAGAAUCUGUAUGGCCCCAGUUCAAAGAAAUUCUUGUAUCCGAAUUGAGCAAAAUCAAGACUGGAUCUCCGGAUGACUACCGCAAUCUCGUCAACGCCGUCAUCCAUGAGCGAGCUUUUGACCGUCUCAAUGAUGUCAUAACCGCGGCCAAGAGCGAUCCCGAGCUUGAACUUGUUGCAGGGGGACAGGCUUCCAAAGCAGAAGGCUUCUAUAUUCAUCCUACAGUCUACAGGUCUACGAACCCUGACCACGAUAUCAUGCGCCGCGAGUUAUUCGGCCCGCUCCUUGCCGUCUAUGUGUAUCCUGAUGCUGAGUUUUCCAAGACUUUGGAGAGCAUUGACAAGUCUCAGUUUGCCUUGACGGGAUCCGUUUUCGUGACUGAUCCGCUCGCUUCGAGGGAAGCUCAGGAUAAGCUCAUGCACGCGGCUGGAAAUUUGUACUUGAACACCAAGUGCACCGGAUCGGCGGUUGGCCAGCAGCCGUUUGGGGGAAGUCGACAGAGUGGAUCGAAUGACAAGUCUGGCACCGUUGCGUUCUUGACCAGAUAUGUCAGCGUCCGGACCGUUAAAGAGGCAUUUGAUACUCUGGAUGAUGUUCACUACCCUUCGAAUGAAGCAUGA